AUGUUUGACGAACAAGCACACAGCGCAAACGCGUCCGACCGCGUACACAAGACCGGCAGCCUGGGUGGAGGUUCCCCAGCACCGAACCCCCGCUCCUGCACUACAUGCAGGAAGCGCAAGGUCAAAUGCGACAAGAAACAGCCAUGUUCCAACUGCGCAAGGGCGAAAACUGAAUGCGUCUUCCCUGGACCUGGACGCGCGCCACGAAAGAGCAGGAAGCCGCCUGAUGCAGAGCUCUUGGAGAGGUUACGGCGCUUGGAGGGCGUGGUGCAGAAUCUCAAUGCGCAAGUCGAAGAGCACGAGCAAGAGGCUGCGGAGCGUGAGCGCGACGGUAGCAGUCGACAAGGCAGCAUAAGUGAAUGUUUCCCUGGUGGCCCAAACGGUAGCAGCAGCUCCAAAGAUAGCCCGUCAGUAGCAGUGGAUGACAGCGUCGAAGGGCUUGAGAGUCGUUUCGGCAGGCUUGUCGUCGAGAAAGGCAGGAGUCGCUACAUCAACAACUCUUUCUGGGCGAGUCUGAACAAUGAAGUGGAGGAUCUCAAAGCCGUCCUUAUUGAGCCAUCCGACGAUGAGGAAGAUGCCAACUCGCCAGAAUCAUCCGAGCCACCAGGUCAACACCAGGGGUUUAUUUUCGGCCUGAGCUCCACCAAUGUCGACAUGCGAGCACUGCAUCCCACGCCCGAAGUCGCACGGCAAUUUUGGGGAGCGUACAAGGAGAGGGUCGAACCGUUAGUCAAGGUACUGCACGUCCCAACUUUCGAGCAGACUUUCAGCGACGCCCUCGCAUAUCCCGAGAAAGUCGGCAAAGGACUAGAAUCGUUACUCUUCGCCAUAUACUACGGCGCCGUCACCAGCACAAUCGCAGAAGAGUGCCUAGAGCGCUGGGGCGAAGAAAGGUCGUCAUUGCUGAACAGAUACCGAUUUGCGCUGGAGCAGGCGCUCGCCAGAGCCAACUUCCUCUACUGCGACGAGAUUGUCAUCCUCCAGGCGUUUGUGAUCUUUCUCAUUCUCCUGCGCAGAAACGAUGAUGCCCGGAAGAUCUGGACACUAACUGGCCUAGUUGUGCGCAUUGCACAGACACUCGGUAUACACAGGGAUGGCAGCCACUUCGGCCUUGCGCCGUUUCAGAUCGAGAUGCGUAGGAGGCUCUGGUGGCAAGUCUGCGUCCUGGAUGCCAGGUCGUCGGAAGAUCAUGGCUGUGAUCCUACCAUCGUCGAGGCGCAGUUCGACGCCAAGAUGCCACUGAACGUCAACGACACCGAUCUUCAUCCCGAUAUGACCGAGUUUCCGGAAGAACGUACGGGUUUUACCGAUAUGACGUUUAGUCUGAUUCGUUUUGAAGUUGCCAACAUCUUCCGUCGCAUUUUUUAUAUCCCCCCAGGCCCUGUGAGGUGUAAUGCGCUGUAUGCCAACAUGUCCAUUGCCGAUAAGGAGAAGUGGAUUACAGAAUGUCACCAACGAAUGGAAGAGAAGUAUUUAAAGGAUUGUGACAUGUCAAUCCCACUGUGUUGGGUGACUGCGACGAUAUCACGACUCAUCAUGAGCAAGAUGUGGCUGGUCGUAUAUCACCCGCAUCAACGGAAAGACGGAGGCGCAUCUCUGCCGCAGGAGAAAAAAGACAAGCUAUUCAUCACCUCGCUCGAAAACGUCGAAUACUCCAUACUCCUUGAGACCGAGGCUCGGACCAUGAAGUGGGGCUGGCUCUUCCGGACUUAUGUGCAGUGGCAUGCCAUUGCUUUCUUGCUAUCUGAGCUUUGCGUGCGCACCAAAGGUGAGGCAGUAGAACGUGCAUGGCGUGCCCUGGAAGCCACGGCUGGACGAUGGUGGUUCCCACUCAAUGACGCCUCGCCAUACCGCAAAGGCCAGCAAGGAUGCUUGUGGAAACCUCUUCGGAAACUUCUGGCCAAAGCCAGAGCAGCAAGAGAGAGAGAGGUUCGGCUAGAGCUAGCAAGUCAAGCGCUCAAAAAAGGUCAAAUGCUUGACAACAACUUUGCCUGGGUUGCGUCAGAUGUGUCUGCUCCCAUCAGCAACGAUCAGCCGAGUCCAGAAAAUCUGGACAGACUGCUCAGACCCACUGCACCCAAGCUCGGCGAAGGGUUGAUCCAUGUCUCGUCAGCGUCCGAAAGAUAUGGCAGUCUCAAUACAAGCCGGCCCGUGACAGACGUUGUAGGUGAAGAUUUUGGACAACGCGAAAUAUUCAUUCAAAGAUCGAAUGGCCUUGGAAGCCAGACAGCCAGCCCCGGACAACACUUCCAUGACCUGGCCAACCUUGGGCUCGACAACGUCCUUCAAGAUGUCAUGGAAGACCAAGACUUCUCGGCUCUCAGCACCCUCUCAUACGCUCAGGGCUUGCAACAAUCGACGCAAGCAACGCAAUCUGGCUUUUCGGGCACUCAGCCGGCAAUGGCUAGUGCGGUCAAUUCAAUGUCGAGUGUGUACGCACCAGGUCAAAACUUCUUCACAAACUUGAACUUCGACAAUCUGGCACCAACCGACGCCGCCAACGGACAAAGCAACGACUCUCCCAUUAUGGAUGGUGGUAACAUGGACUGGCAAGUCUGGGAUGACAUGGUCACCCAGUACGGCAUUGAAGGUCAAAUAGCCAACAAUGCCAACGCCACAGAGCUCGGGCACAUGGGUCUGAUGCACUUUUUGUAG